AAGCUAUAGUGAAUAACACCAUGCUGAGACCUGAGACUGAGUUUCCUUUUUAUUGUUAAGCUUUGCUUUAGGACACUUUUUCGGUGUUUGACCUGGGGUCAGCCAUUGAAUUUUUAGCUUAUGAUUAUCGUUAAGAAUCUCAUUAUUCGAUCCAAUAUUCCGUCAUUUCUGUAUCCAUUCAACAAGGCAACACAAGUUUUAACAUACGUUUCUUUCUGCAGAUCAGUCGAAACAAGAGGCGCCCAUUUUUCUAAAUUUUUUAUUUUAUUGAUUUGACGCAAAUGCAUCCACCUUCUUUUUCAAUUGAUUUUUAUUCACCUAUGUGGGCGGUAUCCACGUGGCUCGUUCUUCAAAUCAAAGUUACGAAAGCGUUUAAACCAAAACCGCACGGUGCGUUCAUAAGCACUUCCCUCUCCAAAAGCAACGCAAUGUCAAUGUUGCUUUUGGAGAGGGUGCUGUUUCUGCCGCGUUAGUUCCGUGUCGGAACUUGUAUUCAAAAAUCACUCGAAUUUCUUUUCCAUCAUCAAGUAUCCAUCUAUCUUAUCUAAGCUGAAUAAAAAAAAAACAACUGAAAGUCGAUAAUCCAAUGUUCCACAUUUUCUAAAAGAAGAACUGCAUAGGUACCAUGUGAAAAAAGUUAUAUUAUCGUGUUCCACAUUUUUUAAAAGAAGAACUACAUAGGUACCAUGUGAAAAAAGUUUCACUCAAAAAUCUCAAACCAUGAAGGUUCAAUUCAAAAUGUAUCUAUUACUAGAAAACGCCAUUUUCAUACUUUAACCCCUAUUAUAUCCGUAUUAGACUACAAUAUUGUGCGUGUGGUGUCGCACCAGAAUAGCACCACCCCAUCUGCUCCCGUGAGUGUCGUAAGAGGCGGCUAAGGGAUACAAACAACGGAGGAUGGGCAGCAGCAUCUUUCGUUAAGAGCACACCAUUUACUGCGAUCGCCAAACUGCCUGACAAGCGUGGUGAUUAUGGCAAAAAAACCCCAAAAUAUGACAGACACGACAAGGCCCCGACCCGCAGUCCCCGGCGGCCCUGCUCGUGUUGGCCACGGUAGCAGCCACAUAAGCGACGGGGCAGGGGUGCUAAGAAUCCCCGGGGUACGGCAACGCUACCAUAAACGAAGACUAUUGGCCCUGGCAACAUACAAUGUCAAGACACAGCGGACCGACGAGAAGUUGGAGGAACUGGAGGAAGCUGUGAGCAGUUUACGAUGGGAUGUCGUGGGGUUAUCUGAGGUCCGAAGACAGGGUGAGCACUCGAUAAUCCUAAAUUCCGAACACAUGCUCUUCUUCCGGAAGGGCGACCAACUGUCCCAGGGUGGUGUCGGGUUCGUCGUUCACAAGUCUCUCGGCAACAACGUAACUGUGGGGAGCGUGAUGUCUUGGGUAGCGUACCUAAUACUCAGAAUUACUGAACGGUAUUCGUUGAAGAUCAUACAGGUUUACGCUCCGACCUCGACACACUCAGACGAAAAGGUGGAGGCCAUGUACGAGGACAUCUCAACAGCCAUUCACAUUCCGAUGAUCCACUUCAACGAUUUCAUGUGAGACUUCAACGCAAAACUGGGCAAACGUAGCGGCGAUGACUUGAGAGUGGGGCAAUUUGGUUAUGGAAAUAUAUACAUAUAUAUAUAUUUACAUCAUACAAUCUUUUUGGCGUCAUGCACGUCGUGCAUCAUUACGACGUCCUCCAGUUCCCAUUGCUUUUUUUAACAUGUCUUAAUGAAUAUUGCUUAGUUUUUCGAUUGCCAGCUCCGUGAGAUACGUCAUUUUCCGAUAAUUUUAUUAUUCGCGAUAUUCUUCUUGCGUUCGUGCCGCAACCUUUUUGAACCCCGAACCAUGGUCAUAAAUUAUAGGCGUCCUGGAUAUAUUGAUCGUGAUUUACCUAUGGCAUCUACUAUUCUCUACUCAUAGGAUGAACGACAUUUGUGAGUGCGACGUUGCCAUCUUUAUGUUUACUUUUUCUUUCUUUGACAAUCGCUUGUAUAAUAUACCAAUUUCGUCAAAUCUAUACAAAUACGGAUGCCCCAUAUUUUUAUAUAAUUUAUUAUUAUCUAUCUACAUGUAUGUGUCUUAGUAACAAUGGAUUUUGAUAAAGUUAAGUACACAAAUAGUUUAUAAUAAGAUAAAGUAAAUUAAGCUCCUGUCUCUGAGAUUUUUACAUGAAAAAUCGCAUGUAGUAGCUAGAAUAACAAGCAUAUAAUAUGUACAUGUUAGUCUAGUCUAUUUUUUUAUAAAUUUAAGACAAGUAGGUAUGUAAUAACUUCAUUUGUGGGUUUAAUAUAAAUAUAGGUAUGAUAAAAUCGGGAUUGUAUCCUACCAUGGCCUGAACCAAUAUUAUAUAUGGAUGUCCAAUGUAAAUCAAAUACACGGACCCCAAUAUAUAUAUAUACGGAGGACGUCUAAUAGCUAUAUACGGACGUCCAAGAACCUGGCUUCUUUAAUUAUAAAAAUACGGCACUAUGUGAGGCAGUACUGUUUGGCUACAAGCCAUAUAGGAUUAUUCCCAUUUGUCCCCAUAGAUUUCCCCGGGACAAAUGGGAAUUAUUGGCAGCAGGAAAAAAUAUUUUUAAUCAACUUCUCUUGACUUUCCCCACUAGAUUUGAAUUGGACAUCCGUGUAUAGCAAUUGAGCGUUCGUAUAUAGCUAUUGGUCGUCCGUAUAAAGCUAUUGGGUGUCCGAACAGAUUAUCAACUACUAUAACUAAUCAAUUUAACUAAAACUUUAAAACUUUCAGAUCCUUAGAAAUGAAAAAAACUGAUAUAUGGGGCAUAUCUGUAAAAAUAAUAAGUUCUGUUAUUGACGUCAUAGCACCAUAUCUAGCACUAGUUUUUAAUAGCUGUAUUGAACAUGGCGUGUUUCCUGACCUCGAGUCGAGUUACUCGUGAUUUAUUUACUAGAUGUGGUAAAAAAUUGCAAAGGCGCCGGCAAGAAAAUGAAUGGAGAAUCGCGUCUUCUAGAUUAUCUGUAGAUAAUGAUCCUGCUGAACAAAAUGAGUCUCUGAAAAAGAAGUUGGAUGAAAACAAAUUAUUGGCAAGCAAUGAGGAUGAAGUUCUUAACAAAUUUGCAAGUAAACAGAGUUCAUUGAUGCUGGAGGCUGAGGAAAUAGGGGAUAGAGAAGCUGAAGAGUCGCCUUUGGAGUCCGAAGAGGAAGACGAAGGAACUAGUAACUCAUUAGAAAAUAAAGAUAAAAGAAAAAACAGGAUAAAGCGGCUCAUAAAUGACAAAUCAAAGCGAGAUUCUGAGGUAAUGGAAAAUUCUAAGGAUUUAGUUGACACAAAAACCGAUAAAGAAAGUGGCCCGAUUAAGGAAAAUAAAAACAACAAAAACGAUGAUAAAAUUGAAAACGAGGAUAGGAAUAAAAUUAGUAUGCAGAAUGAAAAUGCUAAUGUGGGCGAUCAAAAUACAUCAAAGGCUAUUGAUCUGAGUAGUGAAAAAGACGUCAGUAGUGACGUCGACGAAUUAAAUUUACUACAGAAAUUGUAUUCAGAAAAUGAAGAAAAUCCAGCAGUUGAUUCCUCAAAUUCUGAAUCCCCUAUUCCUAUAUCCGAUUCAAUUUCCUCUGAAAGUGAAACUGAAGAUAAACCCAAUGAAGAUAUAAUUAGCAUUGAAAAUUCGAGUUAUUCAGAGGCCGAACAAGAUAUUGAUGCUAAAAAAUCAAUUAGUCCAGCUGAUAACAUCCUUGUUAAAAAUGAAAAUAUAGUUGCUUUGAAAAAUACUAAUAUUGAGUUUGAAUGUUCGGUGGGCGAAGCAUCAACCUCUGUGGUACAACUGAAUGAUAAAAUGGCUUCAAAAAAUGUAUUAGAGGAGAUAGAGAAAUCAAAUAUGAAAGAAGAAGUAAGUGGAUUUGCUAAAUGUGAUAUAAAAAAAUCCGAAGAAAUUCUAUCAGGCGAAAGUGAAUCAAAUUCUCAAAAUGGAAAAGAAAUGUUUCUUAUGAACAUAGCAGACGACAGUCAAUCAGAUAUUGAUAGUUUAAAUGAACCGAAUACACCUGUGAAUUUAGGAGAUGACAAUAUUUCUAUAUCUGAAACAUGUAUUGGUAAUAUAGUCGCACCAUCAGAAAGUAGUAUUAUAAAAAGUGAGAAGGGUGUCAACGAAGAAGAUUAUCCUUAUAAAAAUGAGAGCAAUUCCGAUGCCAAUAACAUCUUAACAGACCAUCUUAAAUCCACGGCAGAUGCAAAUAUUGAUGCUAAAAUAAAUGAUAAUUAAAAAGAUAAAUUAUAUAAUUAAAGAAAUUAAAGCAAUUUCAAAAAAACUGCUUUUAUAAAAAUUAUUUUUUAAUACGGCUUCAGUUUGAACCAUUCUAUCAUUGUAUACGGAUUUUUUUUAUUGCAAUUUAAGAGACUGAAUAUAGCAUUGUAUAGUAGUUAUAAACUGAAAAGUUUUUAACUUCUUUUUUUUUUUUUUUUUCUUCUUUUGGCAAUAGCGUUUGCUUUUUGCCAAUAACGAUUUUAACUUCUUAUAUACUUCCGUAUAAGUACAUCACAAGGUAAAAUAUAAAAAGAAAAAAUAUUUAUUUCUCCUAUGUUAUUUGAUUGUUAAUUUUGUAAGGUAAAGAUGAUAGUUUCUUUCUUUGCUAUCAGACUAAACAAUCAUGCUAUUAAAGGAUGAGAAACUCUUGGUUGAACAGUGUCAGUGAGUUUUGGUGCUUCAAGAAGAGGAUUAUAACUUUCAAGAGUUGAUCGAUGUGAUUGAUUGAUGUGGAAAGAAAAAUCUAUUACCCAAAAACGUUCUCGAUAUUCGCACAUUUAGAAUAACUACACCACUCCAAAAAUUUGUAGUAGAUACCUUCAAUAUUAAUAAAUGUGUUUAUUUUUUAGGAUGUAAUGUAUGUAUGUGUGUUUUAAAUAUACUUACUGGAUUUUAUUAGGGACAGUGAUUCUUUAUUUCCUUGGCGGAUUGUUUUAUUUCGCUUACAUUUUUUAGCUUAGGACUGUUGUGGAUCUAACUGAUAAAUUCUAUUCGAAAUGACUACCUGACUAACAAUUUUCCGACUGAUCCUAUGGUGAAUAGAGCAGACUUACGGCCGUUUUCAAUAACGUAUCUCUAGUUAAGGAUACAUUGCUGUCACCGUUUAAUGACAAGAUCUUAUACAGAGUGGUGAAAACAUAUGACUUUUAAUUAAAACAGGAUCACUACUAGUCAAUCAAAAUACUUUGUAAUAAUUAAAUCGGGCGUUACAUCAACAAACAAAAAACGAAAUUUUCAAACAAACUAAUUCCGAAAAUAAUCUUAACAAAAAAGAACAGCCUUUGAUCAUGUUUCUUCUGACCUCUACUGACCUGUAAGUACUACGGGUACGACCGGCAACGUCGCUACACGCCUUUGUCACAGCAUAGUACUUACAUUUCAUUCAUGCAGGUAGGCUAGGCAAAGACGCCCGCGCUAAAAAUCAUAAUCGUAAUAUCAAUGGCAACAACAAUGCGCGCGCGCCUAACAACUUAUUUUAAAAAACGAUUUCUCAUAAGGGUAGCUAGUCACGCACUGAUGGUCUAUGGGGUAGGUAACGGGGAAUAAACAAAUUGCAGUAACAAUCCCAGACGAUUUCUUUCUCUUUCUGACAUACUAAUUCUUCCUAUUGCGGAAGUGAAUACGAACUAAUUCUGUUUAUGCAUAAAAGAUGUCAAAUUGGCAACGUAGCAUUUCUCUGUCUGUUAAUACUAUGCCGACGACCAUACUAACAGAGCAGCUCGGAAAUAUUUGUUUGCUAAUAAUAAUAGGAAUUUUAGCUUUUUAGUAAUAAGGACUAAAUUUAAGCAACAAUAUUGUGUUACUUCUAAGUAACCGAUGUUUUCUGAGACGCACAUUUUAUUUUAUAUGUGGUUUACGCAUGUAGGUAAAUCUAAAUUGUUAUGAUCCGCCUAGGUGAAUGACCUAAUAAACGAAACUUGCGAAAUUGUAAUGUAUUUACAGCAUGAGUUUAAAUUAUUUAAGUGAAAAUAAUUCAAUGUGGCUAUACCGUUCCAUGUAGAUAAUUUGAUGAAAGUUGGUGUACGAACUACUGUCAUGAUACCCAAUAUGUGGUUCAAAUUAAAGUCAUAAUGUCGUCACCACCUUGUAUAUCCAUAAUUGUAGUCCAUUGCUUUAUUCGAUAGGUUGUUCAUAUAUAAGGAAGCGUAAAAGGAUAGAUUUGUCUACAUCUAGUUAACUAAGGAUAGAUAGGUUAUUGAAAACGGCCGUUAGAUCAUUUAUAUGUCUAGAUAGACUGUGAGAGCUGUGAAAACAAUGCAAACAAGUAAUGCAUACACACUGACAAAAAGUGACAUACGUAUCGCGAAUGUAAGGCGUGGCGUGUCACGCACACUUAAGUAAUAAACCUACCCUGUUAUCAUCGUAUGUCUAGCAGCAAUAGACUCAAUCUCAUGACACCACAGGGUCAUUUCUCAUUAGCUAUAGCUCAUUAACUAUAGUGUCAUAUACAUCAAGAUCUUGAUAUAUAUCAGAAAACCAAGAUUACAAAGUCCUCAAAAAAUUGUCGAAACAUUUACUGUACAAAACUGUCCCCCCAUAUUAUCAUAGCAUUGUAAAUAAUCCAUUAAUACACACCAUUGCUAAAUCACAACAUAUUUGUUAUGCCUAAACCAAGUUUUGUCACUUGAUAACUUGUAACGCAAUAGCUAUAUUUAUAAUUUUCUGGAAAAACCAGUGAAUUAUAUUCUAAGAUAAGAUAAUAUUAAAGUUUUUGCGAGUUGAACUCGCGUAGCUUGUUGGUAUUUUUUACCAAAAUCAGUUGGAAUUUUUAGAACGUAUUUUGCCUUUUAUUUAAACGUACACUCGCUAAACUAGUUAUAUACUAUAUACAGGUGUCCCAAAGUUAUGGGACAUGAAGGGAAAGUACCUUAAAUAUCGAAGAUAGGCUAUUUUACUGAAAUAAUACUUUGUUAUUUUCAAAAGUUAGUACUUCUACAUUCAAAGAUUUUCUAAAAAUUACUUGCCUCGUCUGGGAAUCUUACUUUCCCUUAAGGUACUUUCCCUUCAUGUCCCAUAACUUUGGGACAUCCUGUAUACAAAAAAAGGAACAAUUACAACCCUGCAUAAGUUGGCUUAGUAGCACCUAUUUAAUUGCAGUUGUACCUACACAAAGUUCAAGAAUAGUUGUAUAGUUCAUGGUAAGCUAUUUUCGUAAUUUUAAGUAAGUACCUAUACCGCAAUAGAUAUAGUAAUGAAUGGUUACGUAGUGUGUGUAACAUCGAAAAAAACUAUAUAAUACUGAAAAUAUAAUUUUAGUGUUUAAAAGAAACAAUUUAUUGACGAUUUUAAUCACAUUAGCAUUGACUAAGUCGUUAUGUGUGUCUAAUAUUAUUGUGGCAGAUUUAAUAUUUUGUUUCGAUUGUAAUAAAUUGUAAAAAGCAA